CUUCACCCGUCUUUCAUUUACAGUUUUGUCUUUUAGUCAAUACUGAACUACCUACUAAUUCAAGUAUUUUCUUCCCACAAGCAUUGACACACUCUCUCUCAUCUGCUUCACUUCCGUUACCUUUCUCUAUAUAUAUCACUUUCUGGACUGAUCUGUUUGUCUUCUGCAAAACCCAGAGUUUUUUUUUUCAAUUGCUUUCAGAGAUUGUCCACCAUGGCUGGUGGAGGGUUUGGUAAUGAAGGAGGGAAUUUGAAGAGAGCUCAUCUCUAUGAAUACAAGAUUACCAAUUAUUUUAUAUUUGCUUGCCUUGUUGCUGCUACAGGGGGAUCUCUUUUUGGAUAUGAUCUUGGUGUUUCUGGUGGAGUGACUUCCAUGGAUGAUUUCUUGAAGGAAUUCUUCCCAAAGAUAUAUAGAAGGAAGCAAGAACAUCUUCAUGAAACUGACUACUGCAAAUAUGACAACCAGCUCCUCACACUUUUUACGUCUUCGCUCUACUUCGCAGGUCUUGUUUCUACAUUUGGAGCCUCCUAUGUUACUAGAAACAAAGGGCGUCGAGCCAGCAUCCUUGUUGGUGCAGUCAGCUUCUUCCUAGGAGGAGCUAUCAAUGCAGGUGCGGUGAAUAUCACAAUGUUGAUCAUAGGACGCAUUCUUCUUGGUGCAGGCAUUGGAUUUGGAAACCAAGCAGUUCCCUUGUAUCUUUCGGAGAUGGCUCCGGCAAAGCAUCGAGGAGCUGUGAACCAGCUGUUCCAAUUCACAACCUGCAUGGGAAUUCUUAUAGCAAACCUGAUCAACUACAAAACAGAUAAGAUCCAUAAAUGGGGUUGGAGAUUAUCUCUAGGCUUAGCUACAGUCCCAGCAACACUGAUGUUUGUUGGUGGCCUUGCCCUACCAGAGACCCCUAACAGUCUCGUAGAACAAGGAAGACUAGAAGAGGCAAAAACGGUGUUGGUAAAAGUUCGAGGUACCACCAAUGUCGAUGCUGAAUUUGCCGACCUUAUCGAGGCCAGCGAUGCAGCACGGGCCAUAAAGCACCCAUUCAGGAACCUUCUGCAGAGGAAGAAUCGUCCCCAGUUGGUAUUAGGGGCUUUGGGGAUCCCAGCUUUCCAACAGCUCACCGGCAUGAACUCCAUUCUCUUCUAUGCUCCUAUCCUGUUCCAGACCUUGGGGUUUGGCUCAGGGGCAUCCCUAAUAUCCUCUGUCUUAACUAGUGGAAUGCUUGUUCUUGCUACACUAGUAUCAAUGGCUUUAGUGGACAGAUUUGGUAGGAGAGCAUUCUUUUUGGAAGCUGGUUUCGAGAUGUUCUGCUACAUGAUUGCUGUAGCCAUAACUCUGGCCUUUAAGUUUGGAGAAGGAGAAACUCUUCCAAAAGCCAUUGGUUGGUUCCUUGUGGUUAUCAUCUGUUUAUUCGUCUUCGCUUAUGGAAGGUCUUGGGGUCCUCUGGGGUGGCUAGUUCCUAGUGAGCUGUUCCCGUUGGAGACUAGGUCAGCUGGCCAAAGCAUGGUGGUCUGUGUCAACCUUCUCUUCACAGCUUUGAUAGCACAAUGCUUCUUGGUCUCACUUUGUCAUCUCAAGUAUGGAAUUUUCUUGCUUUUUGCUGGCUUGAUAUUCAUAAUGAGCAGCUUUAUUUUCUUCCUCUUGCCGGAAACAAAGAGAGUUCCGAUCGAGGAAGUCUAUCUUCUCUGGAAGGAUCAUUGGUUCUGGAAGAAAUAUGUUGAAGAUGAUGACGAGAAGGAUAUCAAAAAGCCAACCACGUAAUAUUAUCUAAAAUAGGAAAAACCUUUGUUCACAUUCUUUACUUUCAAGAUGUUAAUGCUCUUUGGAUUUUCUCAUAAAUAAUUGCUGUAAUUUUUAAGGUAAAAGUGAAGAACAAAUACGCAUCUUAUUUUCUCACAA